AAUUAAAUGGUGCCCGUGUAACAGUUUUACUUCUGUCCCGAACCAGUGACCCUUUGCACACAUAGACAACAGUUACCCAUCGCUCCACAAAAGCCCCAAACUUGGUGUGCAUUUUGGUUUUUGUCCUAACACUACACAGCUGAUUCACAUGAACAAAGCUUGAUGAUUAGUUGAUUAUUUGAAUCAGCUUUGUAGGGCUAGGGGAAUAAAAAGAAAAUGUGCAGCCCUUUGGGGUUCAGGUGACUGAGUGUGGGAAGCCUUUGUCAUAGGGUAAAAGUUGAAUACCCCUGGACUGUAGGCUGCACACCUUGGGUAAAAUAUUAGAUUCUGUAGCUGUGUAUUUUAUCAGAACAAUUCUGUUCUAUAAUGGUUCCUUUCCUUAGCUCAGGGUUGUUUUGCCUAUUGUUGGCAGCUGUGGGCAUACAAGCACAACAGACACCAUCUAUAAAUGACCUCAACGCUGAAUGCCUUGGUAACGUUAUUCGUUUGAGUGUCGCUCCUCUUUUUAAAGAGGUUGAUGCUGUCUUCAAUGACACACAAAUCAUAAACCUGACGCCUGGCCUUGCUACUCAGUGUGGAUUCAGCUUUAAAUUUGACCCCAUGGGGAAUGCCAUGUUUUUUGCUUCUCUUCAAAACUGCUUUUCCCAAAACAUGGAUGAUCAGAUGUUCAGCUUGGUCAUGCAGUUCAGGCUGCCAGGAAACCACAUGAAUGAAGACCCUGUGUAUAGAGUGGGCAAAACCUGUAGCUACACCCCCAGGACCUCCCGAGAGAUUCUGUGCGACCGCAACUACAUGGAGGUGUCUGUCAGAAGGACACUUCCAGACAUCCAAACCGUCCCUGAACAGCCCACUGGAGGCCCGAAAGCAAGGAGCGGCAACUUCCGGAGAGGAGCUGAGGCUGUUGCUUCAGGAUACAAAAUGACAACGGUUGUCUUUAGUCCUAGCAAGAAGGUCAUGAGUGUGGAUGAGGUCCAAAGAAAGGGCUAUGCAAUAGCCAACACUCCCACACGGCUGGUGUUAAGAAGCCCUCAUAAUGCAGAGGAGACAUACCUCCAGAAUGUAGCUGGGGUUCCGAUGCGGGUGCUCUCAGCCUCAACCUUCUUUGAGCAGAAGUGGCUGGUUACUCGAGUAGAUGCCACGGCUGUUUGUCCAACACCAGGGGCAGUGGCCUUUACUCCAGAAGUGAUCACCUGGUACAUGCCCAAGCACAUAGACCCACUUUUCUCCUCUGAUGCCUUCACCAUGUUGGAGGUGUACAUGGGAAUUGACGCUAAGAGGCUGGACACUGAGGAAAUGGCUGCCAGAAACUACUCGGUUUUAGUCACAGAGGCUCAUAUUAUUGUUGAAAUUCCGGUGGGGGCGGUUGGCGGCUAUUUCAAGAGCCAUAUUCAGGAUGACCAGUACUUUGUCACUUACACCAUUGAGCCCAUGCUUGAGUUGCUGUGGAUCGAGGAGGUCGCACACGAGGACACACGCUACAAAGUCCUCUUCCCUAUCACAACACCUCCGAUGGCCAGGCCUCCACAAGUUCGCAACUACACGUCCUUAGACACAGUUCCUGAGCAUGCAGUGUUUGUGCUUGAGUUGGGAACCUUCAACCUUGAUGUGGAGCUGCUGAACAUCACCUUUCCCACCAUGGUGCUAACUGUUGCAGAGUGCAACGCCAGAGGCUUCAAUGUUCAGGAGCAGAGAUCCCUGGACAACACCUUGAAGAGCUUCAGGAUGGAGGUGCCCUUCUCAGACCCGGUGGUCUUUAAGGAGAGAAGGGCGGAACAAGGUGUCACAACCUUCACUCUUCAGCUGAUCUACGGCCUGGUCGUCUUUCCAGAGUACGCUCCUUUCUCUCACUCUGCCGUUGUGGACGCUGUACUGCUGGACAUUGUGCCACCCUCAGUCACUGGCAACUGUGAUCAGGAGAACUUUCACAUCACUGUGGACUACAGGAACCAAGAUCCCUUUUUCGUGGUCUUGGUUGGCAAGCGGCUGCUUAACCAUGAGCUUGCACAACAGUAUUUGACAGAGGGCGACGCAGACUUCACCAUCACGUUGCCCUUCUCUUCGCCGGACGCAGUGUUUGAGUCGGUUCACCCGUCCUCUGUCAGGAGCAGGCUGGAUGUGGCUCUGUUGAAUCCUUACAACAACAUGACCAUCAAACACUUUUCCCUGGCUUGCAGCUUCCUCAAAACGCUGACUGAGUGUUUCUCUAACGGAACGAUGACUGCGCUGGCGGUCAAGGUGGAGUCUGCUCCCAGUCUGAACCCCGGUCAGCUGACCCUGAGCGACCCCGCCUGUGGUCCCACCUACAGCGACGAUCGCUUCGCCUACUUCCACUUCACUGUCAACUCCUGUGGCACCACCAGGAAGUUUAUCAACAAUGUCAUGCUGUAUGAGAACGAAAUCUCCUUGCCAGAUGAACUUGAGGUGAAGCUGAAUGGCACGACGUCUUCAGAGGAGGAAUAUCAGUUAAAGGUUUCCUGCUACUAUGUGGUCAACAUCACUCGCACAUUGGCCUUCCUCACCAGGCCGCGUGACAACGAGCAUUUUGCCGAGAUUGGGACUGGUCUACAAAUGGUCAGAAUGAGACUCGCUCAGGACGCCUCGUAUAACACGUUCCACCAGGAGGAGGAGUAUCCAGUGGUGAGGUACCUGAGACAGCCUCUGCACUUUGAGGUGGAGCUGACCAGGUCCUCUGACCCCAAGAUAGCGCUGGUGCUUGACCACUGCUGGGCCACCCCCAAUGAGGACCGUGACUCCCGACCCCGGUGGAAUCUCAUCAUUAAUGGUUGUGAGAACCCGGAGGAUCCGUACCGUGUAGUCUUCCACCCGGUGGUAGCUGACGCCAGGGUCCACUUCCCCCCUCACGUCAAACGCUUUGAGGUCUAUAUGUUUUCCUUCGUCGAGGAUGCGGUUGAGCCGAGUGGCCAGGUCUUUGUCCAUUGUGAUGUGGUCAUCUGUGACGCCAGUAGUCCCUCUGGCAGCCCCUGUAGUGGACAAUGUGUGAAUCAGGACAACUCGAAAAGAGAUGACCUCAACGCUGAAUGCCUUGGUAACGUUAUUCGUUUGAGUGUCGCUCCUCUUUUUAAAGAGGUUGAUGCUGUCUUCAAUGACACACAAAUCAUAAACCUGACGCCUGGCCUUGCUACUCAGUGUGGAUUCAGCUUUAAAUUUGACCCCAUGGGGAAUGCCAUGUUUUUUGCUUCUCUUCAAAACUGCUUUUCCCAAAACAUGGAUGAUAAGAUGUUCAGCUUGGUCAUGCAGUUCAGGCUGCCAGGAAACCACAUGAAUGAAGACCCUGUGUAUAGAGUGGGCAAAACCUGUAGCUACACCCCCUGGACCUCCCGAGAGAUUCUGUGCGACCGCAACUACAUGGAGGUGUCUGUCAGAAGGACUCUUCCAGACAUCCAAACCGUCCCUGAACAGCCCACUGGAGGCCCGAAAGCAAGGAGCGGCAACUUCCGGAGAGGAGCUGAGGCUGUUGCUUCAGGAUACAAAAUGACAACAGUUGUCUUUAGUCCUAGCAAGAAGGUCAUGAGUGUGGAUGAGGUCCAAAGAAAGGGCUAUGCAAUAGCCAACACUCCCACACGGCUGGUGUUAAGAAGCCCUCAUAAUGCAGAGGAGACAUACCUCCAGAAUGUAGCUGGGGUUCCGAUGCGGGUGCUCUCAGCCUCAACCUUCUUUGAGCAGAAGUGGCUGGUUACUCGAGUAGAUGCCACGGCUGUUUGUCCAACACCAGGGGCAGUGGCCUUUACUCCAGAAGUGAUCACCUGGUACAUGCCCAAGCACAUAGACCCACUUUUCUCCUCUGAUGCCUUCACCAUGUUGGAGGUGUACAUGGGAAUUGACGCUAAGAGGCUGGACACUGAGGAAAUGGCUGCCAGAAACUACUCGGUUUUAGUCACAGAGGCUCAUAUUAUUGUUGAAAUUCCGGUGGGGGCGGUUGGCGGCUAUUUCAAGAGCCAUAUUCAGGAUGACCAGUACUUUGUCACUUACACCAUUGAGCCCAUGCUUGAGUUGCUGUGGAUCGAGGAGGUCGCACACGAGGACACACGCUACAAAGUCCUCUUCCCUAUCACAACACCUCCGAUGGCCAGGCCUCCACAAGUUCGCAACUACACGCCCUUAGACACAGUUCCUGAGCAGGCAGUGUUUGUGCUUGAGUUGGGGACCUUCAACCUUGAUGUGGAGCUGCUGAACAUCACCUUUCCCACCAUGGUGCUAACUGUUGCAGAGUGCAACGCCAGAGGCUUCAAUGUUCAGGAGCAGAGAUCCCUGGACAACACCUUGAAGAGCUUCAGGAUGGAGGUGCCCUUCUCAGACCCGGUGGUCUUUAAGAGAAGGGCGGAACAAGGUGUCACAACCUUCACUCUUCAGCUGAUCUACGGCCUGGUCGUCUUUCCAGAGUACGCUCCUUUCGCUCACUCUGCCGUUGUGGACGCUGUACUGCUGGACAUUGUGCCACCCUCAGUCACUGGCAACUGUGAUCAGGAGAACUUUCACAUCACUGUGGACUACAGGAACCAAGAGCCCUUUUUCGUGGUCUUGGUUGGCAAGCGGCUGCUUAACCAUGAGCUUGCGCAACAGUAUUUGACAGAGGGCGACGCAGACUUCACCAUCACGUUACCCUUCUCUUCGCCGGACGCAGUGUUUGAGUCGGUUCACCCGUCCUCUGUCAGGAGCAGGCUGGAUGUGGCUCUGUUGAAUCCUUACAACAACAUGACCAUCAAACACUUUUCCCUGGCUUGCAGCUUCCUCAAAACGCUGACUGAGUGUUUCUCUAACGGAACGAUGACUGCGCUGGCGGUCAAGGUGGAGUCUGCUCCCAGUCUGAACCCCGGUCAGCUGACCCUGAGCGACCCCGCCUGUGGUCCCACCUACAGCGACGAUCGCUUCGCCUACUUCCACUUCACUGUCAACUCCUGUGGCACCACCAGGAAGUUUAUCAACAAUGUCAUGCUGUAUGAGAACGAAAUCUCCUUGCCAGAUGAACUUGAGGUGAAGCUGAAUGGCACGACGUCUUCAGAGGAGGAAUAUCAGUUAAAGGUUUCCUGCUACUAUGUGGUCAACAUCACUCGCACAUUGGCCUUCCUCACCAGGCCGCGUGACAACGAGCGUUUUGCCGAGACUGGGACGGGUCGACAAAUGGUCAGAAUGAGACUCGCUCAGGACGCCUCGUAUAACACGUUCCACCAGGAGGAGGACUAUCCAGUGGUGAGGUACCUGAGACAGCCUCUGCACUUUGAGGUGGAGCUGACCAGGUCCUCUGACCCCAAGAUAGCGCUGGUGCUUGACCACUGCUGGGCCACCCCCAACGAGAACCGUGACUCCCGACCCCGGUGGAAUCUCAUCAUUAAUGGUUGUGAGAACCCGGAGGAUCCGUACCGUGUAGUCUUCCACCCGGUGGUAGCUGACGCCAGGGUCCACUUCCCCCCUCACGUCAAACGCUUUGAGGUCUAUAUGUUUUCCUUCGUGGAUGCGGUUGAGCCGAGUGGCCAGGUCUUCGUCCAUUGUGAUGUGGUCAUCUGUGACGCCAGUAGUCCCUCUGGCGGCCCCUGUAGUGGACAAUGAUUGAAUCAGGACAACUCGAGAAGAGGUAGGUCUUGUUUUAUGCUUUUCAGACCAUAACUGAACUAAUAGGUUCUCUCUCUCUCAACAGGUCAACGACAUGUCAAAGACCUCUUUGAGGAGCCUCAUUUCUAUGUUUCUUCUGGAUACAUUCUUUGGGUGUAAUGUCUUGUUCUAACAUGUCAAAUAAAGUGUUCUAUAUAACAA